GAUUUGUUGCGUAGCGAGCCAACAAAAAACCGACGAAAAAAGGAAAACGCCCCGCUUUAAAAUCCCGUAAAGUAAGGAGUAAGGAUGCUGCAAAGCAUGUUCCGGCUGGCGCACAGCAAGCACAAACUGUUGUGCCGAUAUUAUGUGCGAAAAGCUAGGAACCCAGGUAUCGAUCGGCGGGCCGCGUUGUUGCAGGAUGACCCGCACACGGAGCAGGAGCUGGAGCAACUGGAUGCAAGUGAACCGACCUUCAAUGAAAUGCACAAAAGCUUCAAACAAUACCAACAUGAACAGGCGCAAUAUCGGGACCGGCUGCAGACCUGGAUCGUGGGGAACAAAUAUUUCAAAACCAAACAGCUAAACUUCCUGACCUGGACCGAGAAGGAACAGAUCCGCUAUCUACACCUGCACGACUCGGAGGAAUGGAGCAUCGACAAACUGACCGAAAGCUUCCCGGCCGACCGCUACACGAUUGCGAAGAUAGUGAAAACCAAGUGGCAACCCAAAGACGAUGCACGCAUCGAGCGGCACGAUGCUACGGUCAAGGAGAACUGGGAAAUGUUCCGCAGUGGUCGCAUCAAACAUCUGGAUCCGGGAUUCGCACAACAUCUAGACAAGUUUGUUCAGCGAAACGUUAACGACGGUAAUCCUCCUCGGGCACAGCAGACACGUGUGCAGGAGUUGCGGCCACUAGCGGAGGGAGAAUUUAGUGCAAUCGUAGCAAGCUGCAAAAAGUACAAGUCGGAAGCGAAGAAUGUCGAUCGUGUGCCGCUACUGGUGCCGAAUAGCAAUCCUAGAUCUGAGGAACAAGACGAGGAGCUGGAAGGGACGAACGAUGAUUACAAGGAGCUAGAUCCACGUGCCCCAAAGCAAGACAUGUUCAUAAUGGGCAAAGUGAACGAUAAGCGGCACCUAACGUUGGCUGAAAUGAAGAGAAGUAGUGGGGAGCUCGAAUCAGACUCCGAUCGCGGGCGUAUUGUUGAUAUCACGCGGCUCAAACUAGGGACCGGUGUUGUAGAUGAGCUGGAAAGAAGGUACGAUUCUCCAGAUAGGGCAGCAACGGUGUUCGAUCCGUCGCUCGACGAACGCGAUAAAGCUAGCGAGCCAGACAUAAAAGAGUUUAUAAAAAUCCCAAGUAAGCUUUACAAAAAAGGUGCCACUUACCAGGUGGACGACUGUUUCUAUGACGAUGAUGGUGAGUUCCUGUAUCGAGUGCCCGGUAUGAAAGGGCGUAAUCGGAAGCACAAUAAAUGAAUGCAACAUAUAAUGAUCCUGGUUAGCGCCCUUGACUAAACCGAGAAAAAAAGACGCGAAUUUGAUUAAGAUCAUCCAUCCUGCGCCAAAAACUGGUUCGGCGCGGUUCCGAAGCGGAGGGAAGCUACUGGUACAACUCAACUAGAACGAUCGGUCAUAAUACUCUCUACAUCCGCAUAGCAUAAUUCCGUUAUUGUGAAUAUGGUUGGAUGGUUGGUUGGUUGGUUGAUUAGCGAUAGUAGAUUGUCAUUACCAUUCCGGAUUUUCUGGUUUGCGUUCGUACAGCUGUGCGCGGAAGCAGAACAGAUCGGUUGGUAGCAAUUAUGAUUUUCGUGCCUUUCUUUGAGAUUACACAUCCUGUC